AUGCCUGGGAUUGGUAAGACCACAUUAGCCAAUAAAGUUUAUGUUGCUGAUUCAGUUACGUCACAUUUUCAUGUGUGUGGCUGGUGUUAUGUCUCUCAAAUGUAUAGCAUGCGUAGUUUGUUAGUUCAGCUUUUGUGUAGUAUUUCUUCUGAGAGUCCUGAAAAAUAUCAUAAGAAGGAUGAAGAUGAUUUGGCCAAGGAGCUAAAGCAAGUUUUGCUGAGAAAUAGGUAUCUCCUUGUUUUGGACGACUUGUGGGACAUUGAGGCAUGGAAUUUGUUGGUAAAAUCAUUGCCAAAUGAUGCCAAUGGAAGCAGGAUUCUCUUCACCAGCAGAUUUCAGAAUUUGUCUUCAAAAUUCAAACCUGAUACUGAGCCUUACUAUCUCCGCCAACUUACGGACGAAGAGAGUUGGACAUUGCUGCAGAAAAAGCUAUCUGACAAAGGAGGUUGUCCUCCAACAUUAAGUGAAGUUGGAUCUCAAAUAGCAAAAACUUGUAGGGGCUUACCCCUUACAAUUGUCCUUGUUGCUGGAAUUCUUGCUACCACUGCACAAGAUAGCUGGGAAGAAGUUGCAAAAAGUCUUAGUUCUACUGUCCUUGACAAUGAAUAUUGCAUGAAGACGCUUGAGUUGAGUUAUAAUCACUUACCAGAUUAUUUGAAGUCAUGCCUUCUAUACUUUGGUGCAUUUCGAGAAGAUGAGGUCAUUAAUGUCCGCAGGUUGUUAUGGCUUUGGAUCUCUGAAGGAUUCGUGCAAAAGACUGAAGAAAAGAGCUUGGAGGAAGCAGCUUACAACUACUUGAUGGCUCUGAUUAAUAGAAGUUUAGUUAUGGUUACCGACCAAAGAACUACGAGUGGUGCCAAAGCCUGCCAACUUCAUGAUUUGGUACGCGAGUUUUGUGUGGAAAAAGCCAAAGAAGAAAGUUUUCUACGUAUUAUUCAAAGUUGGGAAGACCCUUUUAGUCUUGCUGAACCAAGCAGCCACCACCGAGUUUGUGUUCAAAGUAGCUGGGAAUUGAAGACUUGGGAGUUAGUGAUAAUUUUUCCCAAUUUACGCUGUUUGCUGUUGUUUGGAUAUGAUGCUUUUGACUGUGAAGAGAAGCCUUCGAGGAUUUUGUUACCUAAGCUUCUUAGAGUGUUGGAUUUGGGGGAUUGGGGCUCUGGUGAAUCAUUUCCAAUGGAAGUUUUAUUGCUUGUUCACUUGAGAUACCUGGCUCUCUGUAGAAUAACAUCAAUGCCAUCUGCAAUAGCCAACCUCUCAAGGUUAGUAACUCUCAUCAUAAAACAUCCAGAGAGUAAUAUUGUGCUGCCAAAUACUAUUUGGAACAUUAGGACAUUGAGUUAUCUACGUACUAUAUAUUGGAAAAGAGGUUUUAUUUUUGCAGAUGGAAAUCUUGAAGUAGCCCCAGAUUUAGAUCAUUUGGACACGUUAAACCUUGCAAUUGAUCCCUUGUCUCAAAACUUGCAAAAGUUACUGAAAAAAUUACCAAGCAUCGCAGGCUAA